CCACCAGAUAUAUAGAGUCGCCAAAGCCUAGCGUACCGGCCGGGAAGCGAGGACACACUUGGUACCCGCUGCAAUUGGUGACGUCCGCAACGGAACAGGGUCCACAUGUGAAGCUCACCUGCCGAGGUUCCACUGGCGAUUCACAAACCGCGAUCCCCCAGCUCUCCUCCACAACGGUCCCGCAAACAAUGGUGCGUGCUGCUGCUGCUGUCGACAACACGCGAUACCGCCAGCAUGUCGUCCUCGAGCGCAUCGCAGUCACCGCCGCGGGCUGAGAAGAUUGACCCCGUCCUGCGCAACGCGCUGCGCUACACCAUCAGCCCGCGCGAGUACCAGCUACUCCACCAGUAUCUCUUAUCACGUGCCCCGGUUGUGAAGAAGCGCACCAUCAACCCGCGCCGCUACGAUGCCAUCUCCAAAGGGCCAGACGACUACAACGUGGCUGCAGUGCGCGCAUCGCUGCGACUCGGCAUUGCAACUUUCGCGGCGCUGAAGACACAGGAGCUCGUCAAGGCGAAGCUGCUGACGCGAGGAACAGUGCAGAGUACACGACAGCCCAGUGUGCCAGUAUGGAAAUCGACCAACGUCCGCCUGAGCAGCUCGCUCGCACUCAUCCUCCUUUUCCACCGUCUCUUGCGCCGCUUCUUUGUCCGCCUGCGCGAAAGCCUGCUUAGCAAUGAGGCUCGCGCCUUCAGGAAACGCAACCCACGCGUCUCGCGGUCGCUGACAUCGCGCAUGGCACCAGCAAUUGGGUCCAGCUUGGCAGGCUUCUUCCUUGCUGUAUACCCCGGGGACCAAUUGCGGAUUACCAUUGCCAUCUACAUCUUCACGCGAGCUCUAGAGUUUUAUUACAACUACCUCGAAGACCGCGGCCACUUCAAGAACAGGCCAUACUGGUUCGGCUCCUGGAUGCUGAUGCCCGUUGCAUACGGUCAACUGUUCCACGCCUUCGUCUUUGACCGCGAUUGUUUCCCAGCCGGGUUCGGCGACGUCAUCAUAGGCAACUUACCAGAGUACAUCCAGCAGAGGCCCGCCGAUACACCGGCUUCAGUACGCUGGCCAGGCCCCUACGACAUCGUGGACGGACUAGCCGAAAUCUCCAAGCUGCGCUGGCCGUCCUUCGUAUCCCCCAUUCUGUUCCCCAACCAUGAAACCCUCCCGCAGAGCCUCACAGCUAUCUCUCCCAUCACAUCACCCGCCCACCCAGCCAUCAAAUCGCUAUCAUGUGCCCUCCUCCAUCCCCAAGACCCCUCCUGCCUGCGCACAUAUGUGCAGUACUGGAUCCAAGCCUUCCCCAAAGUCGCCCGCUUCUUCACCAUCUUCUUCACCGCCAUGUCGCUCGCGCGCUACAAAGCCUUACUCGCCUCUCCCUCGGCAGCCAUAAACAACCUCGCAAAAAGCAUCCUGCGCAUGUCGCUCUUCGUCUCCGGCGCCAUUGGGACGAGCUGGGGCUCCAUCUGCUUGUUCCAGAACAUCUUCCCGCGCUCUUUCCUCUCCACGCAGCGCUGGUUUCUCAGUGGCUUUCUGGGUGGUCUCUGGGCGUUUCUAGAGCGGAAGGAUGGUAGGGGCAAUUUCUUGUAUUGUACAAGGAUGUCGAUAAAUUCGGCGUGGAAGGUGGGUGUUAAGAGGAGGUGGUGGAGGGGUAUUGCUAAUGGGGAUGUGCUGCUGUUUGUGCUGAGCUUGGCUACGGUCAAUGUGCUGUAUGAGAUCUCGCCGCGGUCGGUGAGUAGCGGUGUUGCGCGGAAUGGACUGGGUGUGCUCAGGGGUGAGGGGUGGGUGGAUAGGGCGGCUGUUCCUCGAGAGGGGGAGAGUGAUGACGAUGUGGAGGGUGUUCCGCCACGAGCGGAUUAAUGAUAAUGUGUAUGUUAUGUUCACGAUCGGGAUUACUG